UUUAACAACGGUAAAGUGGACGCUUCGCUCUCGGUAAAAAAGCAAAGGAUAGUCGCUUAGAUGGCGCUGACAAUUGCAAAAUUUCGAAACUCGAGCGGCGUAUUGGUGCCCGCCCCGCCCGCCGUGGUUAUACGCCCGAAAACACAGGAUCUUCAGCAAACUUUGAAGAAACCAUUGCCGAAAUUCGAGGCGGGAAAUGCCACGGUGCGGAUCACUUCGGGGGGCAUAGUUCUGAACAAAAUACCAGCUCUCAUAAGGCAAAGUAUGAAGAGGGCAGCACCCCCGACAACUGGAGCCGCGGCCGGAGCAACCACAACAGCACCAGCUGGCACAGUGGGAUAUCCCGUACUUAAGACGCCCAAGUACGUGAUUCAGCCCAGUUCAAGUGGAGCCUCCGGCAGCCAGCUGCAGAUGCUGGGGAGGAAGGCGUCACAAAGCCUGGGCAUGGCCAUCAGCUCACUGCCGCCUAACACUACCAUCAAGGCCACCACUAGGCCAGCGCAAACUACGCCUCUGGCGCCGGCCCCAGCUUUAGUCACUGCGUCACCAUCCACAUCAAGUAGUGGUAGGAACUCCAUCCAAUCCACACCAACUGUGGCAGCUGAUUCCAGAGUUUCCUCCGCCGUGCGUCAAGCAGUAUUCAUCAAGAGGGAGCUUCCCCAGGCGCAGAGAAGCAUGCGGAGCAUGACACUUAGUCUGGUGGAGCAAGCACCCCUCCUGCACUUGGGUGUGGCUCCCGAGCACCUUGCACUGCUGAAACGAUACAUCUGCCGCAGUGCCAAUGCGACCCAUCUGGACUGCUGCAUAACUCUAAGAAAACUGCGGCAGAACGAACCCUUUGCUCUGCUGGCCGAGCACUUUGAGCUGAGCGAAUCGGAUGUCGAGGACUCGUUCAAGCGCACGCUCAUCAAGCUGGCCCGCUACCUCCGACCUCUGAUCCGCUGGCCAGAUGCCCGGCACCACAACGAGCGAUUCAAGCACACACCACUAGACUACCGGGCCAAUCUGAUGCACGUUCGCUCGCUCAUCGAGUGUGUGGAAACGGAUGUGGCUAUGGAUCUGGGACUGGGCAGCGACAGCUACAAGUUCAUAUUCUGCAUCAACACAAAUGGCAUUAUCAGCUAUGUGUCCAGUGCCUUUCCGGGCAAUUGCGAUGAUAUUCAGUUGUUCGAGGCCAGCCGAUUCCGAGAUGUCAUACCGAAGUAUUUGACACUGUGCGCGGAACCAGGCAAAGCAGUGCCCCGUGCUCGCAGAUCGGAGGCGGAGGAUCCCCACGACUCGGCGGAUGAGGAUGAUAGCCUGGCCGCGCAGGAACCAAAGCGAUCGCUUAGCAAGUUUGAGGCCCAACGUUUGGACGGGCAGCUGGCCAACCAGCAAUCCCUAAGCGUCGUAGACGGGGCACUCACUUCGAAGCGAGCUCCUGCCGUCCAACUGCCCACGUUCAAGGCCCAAGAACCCGCCUGCCGAGCCCAAAUGCGCGAUAUGAUCGAAAGCCUUAGGAAGUUCCGAAUUCUCGGUCAUUCGGCUAUUCAACAAAAGUCGCUACUGGGAUAUCUUGACGAAAUGAUCAUAGUGGCUGCUGCACUUUGUAAUCUUAAGCGCCAGGAGCUGCAAUCCUAAUUAUUUUUUAAUCUCUGCGGAAGCCUGUUUUAGGGCCAACUAGGUGUUAAUUUCGUUACAAGUAAAUAAGGCUUUUGAUAGGUUUUUCUAAAACA